UUCGUCGAGUGCUCCCAUUUGCCAGGAAGAUGAAGAGUCGUGAUUGCUGAAUCUCUGUGAAAUAUUAGGUACAUGGUUGGAUUUUACGUGACUUGCCUCGCGUGUUGGUGUUACAUGGAAUUUAUUCUUUCGGUGGAAAAUUCGUCAAUAUAAUGUAAUCUGACAGUCUGAUGAAAUCAUCGUCGGUAUUACGGGCUAUUUGAGAGAAUGAAUGAUUUCAUUCAACAGUUAGAUUUUAACGCUAGUAAGACCAGAGCUUGACCACGAAUAGUAUCAAUCCUGAUCAUUGAUUGCAGAUUUUUUUGGCGAAGACGUUCCUAAAAAUAUAGUUUUACAUACCUAUGUACGUAGCCGAGUUUGUCCAAGUAUAAAUUGAAAUCAUUUCGUACCCAGCUUCUAAAUUCUGGUAAUCAAGUGCCAAGCGUUUUGAAAAUUAAUCGUUCAAGAUGAUAAAGCAGGAGAAUGAUGAAAACGACUGCGAUGCCAGAAUACCAGGAAAAGAUGGAACUCCUGCUGGUGGAAGUUCAACCGAUUCGAGUGAUCAACCACGACCCAGUUCUGCAUCGAGUGAUAUAUUAAAAGAUGCCGUCAACGAAAGUGAUUUAAAAUCGAGAUUUAUUACAGAGAUUGCUCCAAAGGCUCCUUCUGCUUCGAAUAAAAUCACAAUUGUCGGCACAGGAGCAGUGGGUAUGGCGUGCGCUUUCAGUAUUUUAACUCAGAACGUAUCCAGCGAAAUUGCUCUGAUUGAUUUAAAUGAAGAUAAACUCAAAGGAGAAUUACUAGAUUUACAGCAUGGAGCGACGUUUAUGAAAAGUGCUAAAAUUGUUGCUGGCCCUGAUUACAUUAUAUCCGCAAAUUCUAAAAUUGUCGUUGUUUGUGCUGGUGCUCGUCAAAAAGAAGGCGAUACACGUUUAAGUCUGAUGCAAAAAAAUUUAGCAAUUUUUAAAACGAUGAUACCUGGUUUAGUGAAGCACAGUCCUAGUGCUAUAUUCUUAAUCGUCAGUAAUCCAGUCGACAUAUUAACUUACCUCACUUGGAAAUUAAGCGGUUUACCUCGUAACAGAGUUAUAGGAUCGGGAACAAAUUUAGACUCAGCUCGUUUUCAAUUUUUACUCUCACAAAAAAUGGACAUCGCUGCCGAAAGCAUUAAAGGGUGGAUUAUCGGAGAACAUGGAGAUUCUAGUGUUCCCGUGUGGUCUGGAGUAACCGUAGGAGGAGUACUACUCAAAGAAUUAUAUCCUAAAAUGGGAGCCCCCGAUGAUCCGGAUAACUGGAUGAGUGUUUGGAAAGAUGUAGUCGAGAGCGCUUAUAAUAUCAUCAAAUUAAAAGGUUUUACGUGUUGGGCGAUAGGACUCAGUGUUGCUGAUCUCCUACAAACGAUUAUAAGAAAUAGUAAUAAAGUGCAUGCGGUUAGCACCGAUGUCAAAGGUUUUUACGGAAUUACCGACGAAGUGUUUCUAUCAUUACCUUGCGUAUUGGGCGAAAACGGCGUAUCGUCGAUCGUAAAAUUGGGUUUAACCGAUGAAGAAAUCAGCAAACUACAAAAAUCUGCAAAAAUAAUGGCCGAACACAUAUCUGAAUUAAAAAUGUGAAAUCGUUUCUCCGUUCGUGGAACAUUAUUGCUUUUAUUAAGUUUAUACGAUAUAGCUUAUACAGUAUUUUACUUUUCAUCAUCACUUCCACCUUCAUCAGAAACAUCAUCGUCAUCAAAUUCUUUUCCUUAUUAUUACUCAAAAUUUCUCACCAAUUGUAAUUUUUUACUCUCCUGCUCCUCGCUCAUUCCCAGUGAUGAUUUUAUUUAUACUUAUCUGUAAUAUUUUUAACAUAAAUACCAAAGAAAAGUGACCUUUAAAUUUUAAGUAAUAAAUUUAUUUUGGUUGAAA